GGGCACUAGUCUGGGGAUAGCGGGUGGCCCAUGGCCUUUCCCCUAAUUUCAGCUGCUGGGGUGGAGGCCAAGGGAGAGCAAGGAAGAAGGGCCUCUCCUCGCUGGACGAAACUGCUGUAGCCACGCUGGCCUCCUGACUGUCCUUCCAACACCAAGACCUGUUUCUGGCUGGGAAAAGACAGGCUGAUCUGGGGAGGCAGCGGCCUCCAGCCCAGGGCAGACAUCAACAUGGCCUUCCUGAUACACCUGCUGGUCUGUAUCUUCGGGAUGGGCUCCUGGGUGGCCAUCAACGGGCUCUGGGUAGAGCUGCCCCUCCUGGUAACAGAGCUGCCUGAGGGCUGGUACCUGCCCUCCUACCUCACAGUAAUUAUCCAGCUGGCCAACGUUGGCCCCCUGCUCAUCACCCUACUCCAUCACUUCCGACCUGGCUGCCUUUCUGAGGUGCCUGUCAUCUUCACCGUGCUGGGGGUGGGCACCAUCGCCUGCAUCCUCUUCGCCUUCCUCUGGAAUGUCACCUCCUGGAUGCAGGGCAGCCACCACAGCAUCGCCUUCCUGGUCCUCACCUUCUUCCUGGCCCUGGUGGACUGCACCUCCUCCGUCACCUUCUUACCCUUCAUGAGCAGGCUGCCCACCCACUACCUCACCACCUUCUUUGUGGGUGAAGGACUCAGCGGCCUCCUGCCUGCCCUGGUGGCUCUCGCCCAGGGCUCGGGUCUCACCACCUGUGUCAACAUCACUGGGACAUCAAACACCACCCCGAGGCCUGAGACCACCAAGAACAUGGACAGCCCACAGGGAACUAGCAGCACUUUGGUGUCUGAGCUCACUGGGACGGCACCCUCUGUGAUCCAUCUGGAAAGCCGCUACCUCCCCGCCAACUUCUCGCCCUUGGUCUUCUUCCUCCUGCUCUCCUUCAUGAUGGCCUGCUGCCUCGUCUCUUUCUUUUUCCUCCAGCGUCAACCCAGGCGCUGGGAAGCCUCCAUAGAAGACCUCCUCACCUCUCAGGUCACCCUCCACUCCAUCCGGCUGCAGGAAGGGAAGGAUGUGGGCCCCCUAGACCCGGAGGACAGCGGCCAGGGCCAGGAGCCUCUGGAGGAGAAAACGGCCCCCCACCACCUGGCCCACCUGACCUUCAUCUACGUCCUGGUGGCCUUUGUGAAUGCGCUCACCAACGGCGUGCUACCCUCCGUGCAGACCUACUCCUGCCUGUCCUACGGGCCUGUGGCCUACCACCUGUCCGCCACCCUCAGCUCCAUGGCCAACCCUCUCGCCUGCUUCCUCUCCAUGUUUCUGCCUAACAGGUCUCUGCCAGUCCUGGGGGUCCUUGCACUGCUUGGGACCGGCUUUGGGGCCUACAACAUGGCCAUGGCCGUGAUGAGCCCCUGCCCCCUCAUGCAGGGCCACUGGGGUGGAGAAGUCCUCAUCGUGGCUUCAUGGGUGCUGUUCAUUGGCUGUCUGAGCUACGUCAAGGUGAUGCUGGGCGUGAUCCUGCGUGACCGUAGCCGCAGCGCCCUCUUGUGGUGCGGGGCGGCGGUGCAGCUGGGCUCGCUCCUCGGAGCGCUUGUCAUGUUCCCGCUGGUCAAUGUGUUGAGGCUCUUCUCAUCCGCUGACUUCUGCAGCCUGCAGUGCCCCGCUUAGGCCAACUGAAGGAGCUUGGUCCAUUAUAAGGCCCCGCCCCCAUGACUAACACCUGCAAACUGGGACCUGUCGAGGCAAGGCUUGUGCCCAAGGUCACAGAGCCAGUGGUAGGGAGCUAGGAGGCAGAGUUUUUAAGCCGACAAGUGAUUUGCAGCACCCAGCUGGAAAGUGUUAGAAGGAGGAACAGCUGGGAGGGUGAGCUGCCCAUUAUAAGCUAUGUGACCUUGGGGAAGUCACUAGAUUGCUCUGUGCCUCUGUUUCUUCAUCCAUAAAAUGGGGAUUAUAAUAAACAGCACCUAUUUCAUAGGUUCGGCACAGGGAUAAAAGGGAGAAGCACCCAGCACGCCCUGACCUGAUGCCCAACCGUAUUAACAGGAGUGACAGUCAACAAAGCCUAGAAGUGGCCAGAGGGGUUGAGGGAUGACCCCUUCCCCAUAUCCUUUUUCCCCCUAUCCUCAUAGAGAAGCUUCUAGAAGACAGAUGGCUAAUAGUGGAAUCGCGGGCAUCUUGGCUUCCCAAUUCCCAGCAUGGAGGAACAUUGUACCCCACGCACCCCUUCCUAUCACCCCUGCUGACCCAGGAAGGCCUGCUCCUUGGAGAGUAAGUGACCUCCUAAGAGGCAGAGAGAGAGGAUCGGGACGGAGGGGGCCCCAGCAAGGCUCUGAAUGUGCGUCUCCCUCACCGCACCCGCUGGCUGACACUGAGCUGGGAGGCAGUCCUCUGAACUGGAGGGAGGAGGAGAGUGGGGAGGAGUGUGUUAGCUACCUGUUAGUUUUUGGCUUUUACUUUUUGUUUUUCUCUUUUUAAAUGAAGACAUUCCCUGCUUUUACACUAAGGUCAGCCUUCCAAGAAAAAGUCCAACACGAAUGCCAAAAAAAUGUUUCAAUACAGUCAGCUUUCAGGUGGUUCUGAGGUCAAGACUGAGCUCAGAAAUCAGCAGAAUCAAGGGCUUAGAGAACGUCUGGUCCUGGGACUUUUUUCUUUUGUUUCGUUUGCUUGCCACCACGCCUCCUUUUUAAUUUAUGUUGAGUAGAUAAUACAGUCACAUGUUUCAAAAAUCAGAAAAUAUAAAAUCAUGUUCAGCAAAAAAAUUCCAUCCCUCUCCAUUCUCCCCUCUGCCUAGUUCCCCUUAACACAUACAUGAACACUUUUAUUAGUUGCUUGUUUACUCUUCCAGAGAUAAUGCAAAUGUAAGCAAAUUCAAACAUAGAGUCUUUUUUACAGAAAAAGUAAUAAACUGCUGUGUACUCUUUCACAGGAGUGAAAACGCAGAGGGCCUUUUCAUUCUUUGUCAUGACUGCAUAGUAUUCCACUAUGUGGAGGUGCCAGAUUUGUUCAACUAGCCCUCUGUAGAAAGACAUUUGAAGCUGUUGGAGACAAAAUUAAAAACAAAAUCUCCCACCAACCCCAAAAACCUCUCCACAAAAGUAGAAAAGAAAGGAAACAGUUUUAUUAUUGAAUAUAUAUUUAACUUGAUUGUGGUACACCUCAAAGACAAUCUGCUAAAGAGAUUGCACAGGCAGAAAGAAACUUUACAUAGUCCAGCAGACACAACCUAUUACAUCUGGAUUCUCAAAUGAUAACUUGUCUUCAAGUAAGAGAACCAGAUAGCACCAUUUGUCAUCCUGAACUCAGCUGAUGAUUGAGGUGACUAUGUUAGCUAAUUGUCCUUAUCCACAGGAAAGAACUCAUUACAUUGCAAACAGAGGGUUCCCUUGUCCUCGACAAAAACAUUCCUGGGUGGUAAAACUGGCAAGAGGCUUAUUCAUCUUUUUGAAAAGACUCACAUACAUGCAAAAAGGAGCAGAGAACUUACAAGUUUUCUAAAGUAAAUGCUCUAAGAAAAGGGAGUGGAGAUGUCUCUCUCCCUUUUUGACACCAGGAAGAAAUGUUUUUAUUUGUAUUUGCCCUUACAAGGGCGUUUGGGUUGUUUCCAGUCAGUCUUACCCAGAAAAGAUAUUGGAGUGGAUAAUGAGCAAGAAGACCGUCUCACUGUGCUGAUGUGGGAAGAUGCUCCAAGAUUAAUUACACACACAGGAAGCAGAUGCAGAAGAGGGUGUAGAGUGCGGUGCUAUCUAGGCUAACCCAUUCUGUCAAGGACUAGGUGGGAGGGCAGGCGACUUGAUGUUUGAAAAAGGCACCUCCAUUUGACAGCCCUCUAUGGUUUUGCUUUCACCCACAUGCUUGGAAGUCUUUGUGACCUUGACAACCUUUAAGUUACCGUGCUCAAGUUAGCUCUUCUCAAUCUCCUCCUCUGUACA